AUGAACGCCCCAGAGAUUGACUUCUUCAAGGGGCAAAAUAUCGAGAUCGUUAACGUUAUUGGUGAGGGAGGGUUUGGUUCAGUUUUCUAUGUCUAUUCUCAUACUUAUAAAACAUAUUUUGCUUUAAAAAAGAUUCCUCAAGACAAGUUUAAGCAGGCCGAAAUCGACUGCUUAAUGACAAUCGAUGAUCCAUACAUUGUUCGCCUUUACAAGUAUUAUAAAUUCGAAGACAAUUACUACUUAUUGAUGGAAUAUUGUCCUAAUGAUCUUGAUCGUCUUUUGCAUGACAGAUCCAAGAUGUCCAACCCCAUUCUAAUCCAGAAGAUAGUAAGAGAUGUCAUCAUGGCCGUCAGAGCCUGCCAUAAUAUCAAGAUUGCUCAUUGCGACAUUAAACCGGCCAACUUUUUAAUUGACAAUUAUGGAAGAAUUAAGAUUUGUGAUUUCGGAAUGUCAACUUUUUGCACUCAAGAUAAGGCAACUUCAUCUGUUUUCAGAGGCACAUUUUAUUUCAUGGCCCCAGAAGUUUUUGACCAUAAUCAAUACAACCCAAUACGUACAGAUAUUUGGUCACUUGGUGUUACUCUUUACUACAUCGCUACUGGAGUUUUGCCAUUCAAUGGUCUGAACAAAUUAGCAUUAAAGGAUAGCGUAACCAAAGGAAUUUAUAACGAGGAUCUUGUUCGAGAUUCACUUCUUAAAGAUUUGAUCGCUAGGUGCUUGGAAGGUGAUCUUAAUUUCAGAUGCACAAUUGACGAUUUAGUUGAACACCCAUACUUCUCAAAGACAUUCUCCGAUCGUGGUGACAGAUUAUUACUUAAGAAAGGCGAUGUAAUAGUCAAACCAAAGGCCGUAGCUUCUCUCAAGAUCAGUAAGCAUAGAUCUUCGCCAUUAUUUUCAGGAUUCAAUGUUUCUAGAGUUCAUCUUCUUCAGGUUGACUCUCCUUAA